UGCAAGUGAUAUUGAAUUAAAGCAAUUCGUAUAAAAGUGUGGGUGUGUCGCCAAGCAUAAUAUUCAUGUAUCGGGAUUAUUCGGGCACAUCAACGACAGAAACCCCACAACAGGACUGGAGUACAUUAACUUCUGGAGAAAAAGCUGCCAUAAUCACAGUGUUAUCUGUCUUCGGAAUCGUAUUUAUGAUCCUAUUCCUUAAACAAGUGGGAGAAUGGAUUGGAUAUCGUUGGGCAUUAAGACAUGACAAAAAUGUGGUCGGGGUAGCUGUCAUGCGACGAAGGGGUUCAAACUCAGAGGAAAAUCACUCCAACGGUGACAAUGAUCAUGGUGACGGUGAAAUGAAUCGUAUGCCGAUGGAUCAAGUCGUUAUCUCAGAAGUCGAACUUUCCGCAAUUGAUCGAAUUAUUGCGAGGCAGUCGACAGGGCGGAACCCAGCCCAAACUCAGAGACCAUCGCCAUACCCUCGGCAACUCUUUUCAACAAUUUCCUAUCCUGUUGGCUCUGACCUUCCUCCCGCGUAUGACGAUGCAUUACAUUUCGAACUAAGGGAUAUGAAUAAUGUAGAACCAAUAGAUCAUUUGGUCGGAGAGCCAGAUUGUCCUCCUCCAAGCUACUGGAAUUCCAUCGGAGGCAACACGGGAUACAGAUGACGCCAAAAACACUGUCAGGAGACUUCUUGCCCGUUAUGUUACAAUUUGUUUAAGGUCCGUUCUUUAAUAAAACCACGCGUAGUUAGUUCCAUACCAAUCCGCCCAAUUAUUAUUUGGCUGGCACUUAUUUGUCACGUAUGACAGACGUGGGACAUGUAUUGCGCACUAAUUGGUACACAUGAAUGCAUACUCAAUUACUCACUUUGUGCAAAUAAUCUACGUCGAUUAAUUAUGAUUGAGUAAUUUAUUGUUCGUGAUCACAUUGAAUUUCCGCUCUGUUCGAUUUUUACAAAUUACGGAAUGCUUUCAGUGUACAUUUUCACUCUGCAAAACUGAAAAUCAUAUUUUCAAUACUGCUCAUUAUUAUAAUUUUCGACCGAUCGAUCUUGUGCAUGUGGAGACGUUGCUUUAGUAGCUUUAAUGCAUGGUGUGUUUGCUCUCUUCAAGCAGCAAGUGCUUUGCAAGAUUAGUAGUUAUUGUGUUCUCGUUCUUGUCGCUUUUUAAUAAAUGAGUUUUUGACCUAUACAAACGCUAAUAUUUGUCUUUUCUAUAAAAGGGGCACGAGCUUCACGAUAUGUCGUUAUUAUGGUGUCUAGAGAAAGCGGCAUCAUUGCAAAAUGCAAAUAUCCACCAUAUCAGUGUAUCAUCAGUACCUGAACGUUUUGAAAAUAUUGGGAAUAUUCCCAUACAAGCUGAGUUAUGGGUCGUCCGACAAUCCCGAUAAUCGAGAGACUCGUACCACAAACAAUAACACGGACAAGUUGACUCUUGACUUUGGAGAGUUUGAUAAGUCCUUAACGUCCGUUGGAUUUCACAAGAGAGGAUUUUUUGCAGCAUGGAAUUACGUGGUUUUCGGUUUCUUUUACUGUUAUUUUGUUUUCCAAAUUGGCCGAUUUACUGAAAGAUUUAUGGCUGGGUCGGGAGCGAUUGAAAUGUUCGGGAUGAGUUGCUGGAUUUGGAAGCCAAUUUUCGUUGGUUCCUUUGCACUUCACUUUCACCAAAAUAAGAAUGCUCUCGCCGACUUUUAUACGACUUGGCAUCGCGUCGAGUUAGUUAUUCACCAAGAAUGGAGCAGAACUUUACCGUUCAAAGUGUCAGCCGUUUGCAAACAGAUUAUUCGAAAAAAGCGAUUUGCUUAUGUAUAUGUUCCGCUCUGGACUGUCUUGAUUAUGACGUGGAUGACGUUGAACCAUUUGGACAGCCCAGGCUUCCCAUCUUACAUUUCCUCUUUUAUUGGAAAUCCGCUGGACCCUGUGAAAUUUUCCUGGCUGCUGCCCAUCUCUGUCCUUGUCCAAAUACUGGCUCUGAUUCCAAUUCUCGUAACUUUUGACCACUUUUAUAUCGUCUGCUUGACUUUCUCCAACUCAAUCUCGCGAAUUGUAAUUCUCCUGACGGACCCGUUCCAGUCGUCGGAAGAGGAGCUUGACCAGUUACUCCGCGACUGCAAAAGCGACGACGGUGUGAUGUCCCAAUCCCAACUUUCUGAUUCUGAGACGGAUCCUUACGACAAAAAAAUAUUUGAGGUUUCCAAAUUUCUACAUUCGAUCCCACUCGACGGGAAUUUGCAAAUUAUAGCCAAACUCCAAUUGGCAAUGCAGCACUACGGCAUGCUCGAAAAACUGACAAAAGAGUUCAACCGGUUGCACAGAUGGAUGUUGUUUUUAUACCAGGCGGUGAUACUGGUCAAUUUUUGCAUAUUAAUUUUUGUGCCGUUACGUUUCAGUAAGAUUUUCCCGUGGACAAGUCUCGUCGUAUUUUUUGUCUCGUUCCUUUUCUUCGCGUUCCAUCUGUGCACCUUGCUGCCAUCCAUGGGCAAUGUUUUCGGCAAGUCUUCCGACUUUCGAACAGUUUGGGAGAGACGGUUGGCUCGCGUUUGUCACACGAUUCCAUUUGCACAAUUUUUGCAGUUAAAAUCCGAACUCGAUAGUUGCCUGCCUUUCGGAUUUCAAACUGGGACGUUCUACACCCUACACCCUGGCUCCAUGCUCUUGUUCUACUCUUAUGCGACAUCCUAUUUGAUCGUGUUGUUGCAGUUGGACAUUCGAUAUUAGUUUCAAAUAUGCAAAAUAAAAAUAAAAUGCUGCCAUUUUA